AUGACCAAUUCACUUGAUCUUCUCACUGUCAACACCAUUCGUACUCUUGCCGCUGAUGUCGUGCGUAAAGCCAGCUCGGGGCAUCCAGGGGCACCCAUGGGAUGCGCUCCAAUGGCACACGUUGUUUUCUCAAGGUUCAUUACUGCAAACCCAGCAAAUCCAAAAUGGCCUAAUCGAGAUCGUUUCGUAUUGUCCAAUGGACAUGGAUGUGCAUUGCAAUACAUUUUGCUUCAUAUACUCGGAUAUGAUCUCACCAUGGAUGACUUGAAACAAUUUCGUCAAACUGAUAGCAAAACUCCAGGGCAUCCGGAAUCUCACAUGACACCGGGUAUAGAAGUAUCUACGGGUCCUCUUGGACAAGGCUUUUCCAAUUCUGUUGGAUUGGCAAUGGCUCAAGCUCAUUUUGCAGCUACCUUUAAUAAACCAGGCUACAACUUGUUCACAAACUACACUUACGUGAUCAAUGGUGACGGUUGUCUUCAAGAAGGCGUUGCCUCCGAGGCGGCAUCUCUUGCCGGCCAUCUUCAGCUCGGAAACUUAAUUGUACUUUAUGAUGACAAUUACGUGACCAUUGAUGCUGAUGGUGAUAAUGAUUUAGAUGGGAUCGCUGCUGCUAUUGAACAAGCAAAGAAAGUAACUGACAAACCAUCCAUCAUAAAAAUCAAGACCAUUAUUGGUAUUGGGUCUAAGCACCAAGGUACUGAAAAAGUUCAUGGUAGUCCCUUGGCUCCUGAUGAUAUUGUUGAAGUAAAGAAAAAAUUUGGAUUCGACCCUGAAAAAUUCUUCCAUGUACCGAAUGAAGUUUAUGAUUACUGUAAACAUUUUCGUGAAAGAGGAGCUAAAGCAGAAGCAGAAUGGAAUCAACUUUUGGAAAAGUAUUGUCUAGAAUAUCCUGAAUUGGGUAGUGAAAUAAAACGUAGGUUCUCCUGUAAAUUACCGGACAAUUGGACUGACCAUUUACCUCGCUACACCCCGUCAGAUCCUCCCGUUGCCACUAGAAAAUCAUCAGAGAUAGUUUUGAAUAAAAUUGCUGAUGUGCUUCCAGAGCUCAUUGGUGGCUCUGCAGAUCUAACAGGGUCUAAUUUAACACGAUGGAAGACUGCUACCGAAUUUCAAGCAGAUUCCACGGGGUUGGGUACAUAUAGUGGACGGUAUGUAAGAUAUGGGGUUCGUGAACAUGGCAUGGCUGCUGCUAUGAAUGGCCUUACUGCCUAUGGAGGUAUAAUUCCAUUUGGAGGAUCAUUCUUAAACUUUAUUAGCUAUGCUUUGGGAGCUGUUCGUUUAUCAGCGCUUUCGUGUUUUCGUGUAAUUUAUGUAAUGACUCAUGAUUCCAUUGGAGAAGAUGGGCCAACUCAUCAACCUAUUGAAACUGCAGCUGGUCUCCGUGCAUUACCAAACCUUCUAUUUCUUAGACCUGCUGAUGGAAACGAGGUUUCCGGUGUAUAUAUGGCAGCGAUUCAGAACACUGAACGCCCUUCAGUAAUUGCACUUUCUCGUCAUAAUGUCCCUAAUUUAGAAGGUUCUUCAGUUGAAAAGACACUCAAAGGAGGAUAUGUAUUGAAAGAAGUUGAUGGAGCGCAAAUUAUCUUAACGGGAACUGGUACAGAAGUUUCGAUCGCUGUUGAUGCAGCCAAAUUAUUAGAAAAAGACGGUAUUAAGGCACGUGUUGUGUCUUUACCAUCCUUUGAACUUUUCGAUGAACAAAGUUUGGAGUACAAAUUGUCAGUCUUCCCCGAUGGCAUCCCUGUUUUAAGUAUUGAGGCACUUUCUACUUUCGGUUGGUCUAAGUACGCACACGUAAAUUUAGGUAUGAAAUCUUUUGGCUCUUCCGGACCUUACAAAGAAUUGUAUAAAAAAUUCGGACUUACUCCUGAGAAUACAGCGGAUAAAUCCAAGGAGGUCAUAGAAUUUUAUAAGAUCCAUCCUGUCCCUUCACUUGUUUGUAAACCAUUUUAA